AUGAUAAACUAGGAUUUUGACAUCGAAAGUCUGUCUUAAAAUCUGGGAGGCAUUUCUAAUGACAAUUAAUAACUCAUUAAGGAUGUGUAAAAUAUUCUGAGGAAUGAAAUUGUGGAUGAAGACGGGCUGGUAAAAUUGUGCUAAUAAGGAUUCACGAAUUAAACUAGUAGGUUGAGAGGAAUAAUUUGGAGAUUAUUGUUGGGGUAUUUCCCUCUAAAUAGAAAGUAUUGGACUUAGGUGAUCAUUAAGAAUAGAGAUAAUUACAACAAUAUUAAAAUAGAAAACAUCAAGAAAGCACCGCCUCAAAAAAAGAAUGACCAUCCUCUAUCUAGAAAUACAGAUUCUGAUUGGAAUAAUCAUUUUUAAGAUUAAUAAUUAUGGUCUAAAAUCUAGAAGGAUGUCAUUAGAACAAGAGUGAAGGAAUUGGGAAAAGAGGAAUUUAGAGAGAUGUUAAAUAGGAUUUUAUUUUUGUGUUGUAAAUUAAAUAAAAUGGAUUAUGUCUAAGGAAUGAAUGAAUUUGCUGCAUUAAUUCUGUAUAUGUGUAUGAGUGAUCCGAAUGAGAAAUUGCAGAAUGAGAGUGAUGCAUUCUAUUGUUUUAUGAUAUUGAUGACAAGUUUGAAGAACAACUUUUAGCUUUAAAAGGAAAAAGUUAGGGCAUUUUAGGAUUUAUUAAAAAAAGUAGAUUGGAAAUUGCAUGAUCAUUUAGUAAACUAAAAGAUGGAUUUUUCUAUCCUGUAUGUAAAAUGGUUUAUGAUUUUGUUCGCUUAAGAUUUCCACAUAGAUGAUUCCUUACGCAUUUGGGACUGUUUAUUUUGCUAAAAAAACAAUAGAGAGGAAUUUUUAUACUAUUUAGCUAUCUCCUUCUUGAUUUAAUUGAGAGAGGACUUGAUCGUAGGUGAUUUUGGAUAAAUUUUGUUGAUUUUACAAAAUCUGGAGAAAUAAGAUAUAAAUUUGAGUGAAGUGAUCUAAAGAGCACAUCUCUUGUAGAAAGAGCAAAAAAAAUGUUGA